AUGCCCCCAGCAAAGAAGAGAAAGACUGCAAAGACCGCAAAGGGCGGCAAGAAGGGGCAAGUAGUGACUUCGACAGCGGAAGAAUCGUCACCACCACCUGCCGACCCGCAGCAGCCAGCGCCGCCGUCACCAAAACCGACAUCACCAUCACUACCAACCACAACAACAACCGAGAAGGCGCAAACUCCACCGGCGCCUUCAGAAGAGGUGCCUCCUCCCGCACCAGCAGAUGAGCAACCGAGCACAGAAGAUGCGCCAGAACCCCCCGCCACGGCCGGCCCGGCCGCCAGCACCUCCUCGAUCCAAGACCGCAUGGCACGCUUCCGCGCCCUCCAGACCCGCGCAAAGUCCUCCUCGGCGUCCAACCUCUCCGCCGCCCAGACCGAGGCCCACCGCCUGGCCAACGACCCGGCGCAGCUGGCCGCGAUCCAGCGCAAGUCGGCGGUGGCGACGAACAAGCUGCUGAAAGCGGACGUCGAGGACGGCGGCGGCGACUUCGAGCGCAAGCGGGCGUGGGACUGGACGGUGGACGAGUCGGAGAAGUGGGACCGCCGCGUGGCCAAGAAGGAGCGCCACCGCGACGACAAUGCCUUCUCCGACUACGGCCGCGAGGCCAACAAGAUCUACAAGCGCCAGCUGCGCAACCUCGGCGACCCGGACCUGGAGCGCUACACGCGCGAGAAGAUGCGCGCCAUCGACGAGGCCGCCGCCCGCGGGACGCUGGAGCUGGUCGAGACCGAGGACGGCGAGAUGGUCGCCGUCGACAAGGACGGCACCUUCUACGGCGGCAGCGGCGGCGGCGACGCCCUCGCCGGCUUCGCGGACAGCAAGCCCGACAAGAAGGCCGUCGACCGACUCGUCGGCGAGCUCAAGAAGGCGGAGGAGGUCGCCAACAAAAAGAGGCGGGAGCGCCAGGCCCGCAACGGCGACGACGCAGACGUCACGUACAUCAACGACAAGAACAAGCAGUUCAACCAGAAGCUGUCGCGCUUCUACAACAAGUACACGGCCGAGAUCAGGGACAGCUUCGAGCGGGGCACCAUGAUCUGA